GAGGGCGGGUGUCGGUGACGUGGAGCAAAGAAGCUACUGUUAUGGUGUUGAACGGGGAAAGAUUUCUCUGAAGCUACAAGUGGUGGACAUAUUUCAAACUAUAUUCCACACAAUGAUGGAAAGGUCAUGUCUGCAGAAACUACACAGGCUGAUAAUGCUAGCCCUACACAAGAGGAAAGCAGGAAGGAGACACUUAGGGGCCUGGUGCUAAAGGUCAGAAAGUACAUGUUUGAAUUGCCUCUCUGCUGCUGAAAGGAAACUGAAGGCGGAUGAGGAUUGGAGAGCAGCGGCAUGGUUGAAGACAUGAGCGUGAAAACCACCAGUAGAUGAUAAAGUGUAGUAAACACUGAGUCAGCAGAAGUGCCUUGAAGAUUGAGGAGUUUCAUGGUUGGCAUCCACAGUGUGCAUGUACACAUGUAUUUCAGUCUGUGGAAUGCUGUUGGACACCUGUCAUUACAUUCAUGCUGCUGAGAACAGCUCCACUCAUGGCAGCUCGCUGAGUCACACCACAGGAUCGCUGUUGAUUUCACUACGAAAGCAGCUGAGAAAUGCUACAGGAUCUGGAUUGAUAUUCCAAACAGAAGCAAUGCACCAAUGGAUCUUAUCAGCAACCUUUAAAAAAUAGUAUGUUUGGUCAAUUCCAACCAGACUUCUGGGAUUAUUCCAAUCUGCAGCAGUGGUCAACAUUUACAAGUGUGUUACAUGCAUUCUAGUCAGGAUUACAGCCGUAUCACAUGACACUGUGCAUGCGGUCACGUCUGAGGUGGAGAAUCAACACAAACACACUGCUGCGUUCAGAGGCCGGCGGCAGCGGAUUUUCUUGAUUUAAGGUCAGUUUGGUUGAGGGCGAAGAUGUUCCUGAACACGGUGCUGGUGGUCCUGACCGACCUGAUGGCCCGGCUCCUUGGUAACAUCGUAUUCCGGCAGCACUUCCACCUGCUGCUGUCUGCGUUGGUGAUGUUCGGCCCUGCACUGAGCCUCUGGGUCUCCCAGCACAGUGUCUUUGCCAAGAGGAGCCAUUUUCUCUACAGGGUGUUCCUGCGCUCGGGCUGGGGCUGGACCUGCAUCUUUGUGGGUUCUUUCAUCUUCCUCCUCUCCUUCUCCAUCCGUCGCUCCCUUGGCCUCUCCAUCCGUCACCUCUCCAGGCUCGGGGUGGCUGGUGGCCUGUGGAUCAUUUUCUGCAAACUCUUGAACCAUCUGGAGAAUGCCACAGGAAGCUGCUAUGAACCUUUACUCAGCGGUCCAGAGGUGAUCAGUGGCCAGCCUCUGUUGGUGUUAAGAGAGGGAGAGAGCAGGUUUGAGUGCCUCAGAGCUGGGCUGCUAUGGAGGGGAUAUGAGGUUUCAGAGGACGUCUUCCUCCUCUGUCUGUGCUGCCUGCUGCUGGCAGAGGAGACGUCCGUGUUCGGUCCUUAUCUGAGACUGGGAGGGAUCUCAGAUGCUCCUCUGAGGAUCCUCUUCCUCUUCUGUGUCCUCUUGCUGGGGCUCUGGAUCUUUCUGCUUCUCUGUCUCUUAGCUUACUUUCCCCAGUUCCCCACCCAGCUGCUUGGGGGCGCUCUAGGCUGUCUGAGCUGGAGGGGACUGUAUCAGGGUUGGUAUCGCCAGGGGCCCAGCUGGUACUGUCCAGGGAGGCCUGGACAGGGGCUGCUCAACACCAAGACUGGAGGUACUGGAGCUGAGGAUGCACAACUGAGCCACAAUCACGGUGAAUAACUGAGAGAAAAUCAAAGAUCUUGAAUCGGACUCAAAAAUUAAUUAAACACGUAGAUCAGGCAGAUUCUUUGGAGACUGAAACCUGUACCCUUGUGUCUGUUGUCCUCAAACAAGAAUCAUCAAAUGGACUGAGUGGACUUUCAAAAUUGUAUGCGCUUCUUUUUUUUUCUUUCUACUAUGUCAUUUCAGCUAAUACGUGUUUUGUGAAGUGGGUCAAUGAGUCACAGUCGAUGAGAGCCGAGUGAAGGGUGUGAGGAAUGGAUGUCUCAUGUUACAUACCCCCAAGGACCUCAAGAAGGUGUAGGCAUCUUUCUUAUUUGUCCACUUGCGUUCACCAUUGUCCCAAGACCCCACACUCCUCUGCUGAGUGUCUCUGAAAGUAAACGUGGGUCACAAGCAGACCGAGAGGGGACUUACCGGUCAGCUGUGUGGCAUUUUAGGCUGCCAUCUUUGCACCUGGCCAGGAAACACAAGUGAAAAUGGUCCUCUUGGCUAACUCUGGCACCUUUACAGUUUUGCUCUAAUAUGCACUUCCAUCGAAUAAUAAAAUUAAUAAAUACAUUUAGCAGCAUUUAUGUGGUGAGUAUCACUUUGCUGUCCUUCCUGUCAAAGCAUGUAGGAGAAGCUAUAUUAGCCUUUUAAAUGUCAAUACUUGGAACACACUUGAGGGCCGGUGUCUGUUUGGUCCGUUCUUUGAAACAUGCAGUGCACCAGACCACCUGCUGCCAAUGUAGAUAGAAAGGGCUCGAUCUUGGCCAAUAAGGCUUUAAUAAUACUUAUAUGCAGAUAAUACAUAAAAAUAAAAACAUAAUUUCUGCUACAGAUCCACCUUAUUCCUCCACACCAAAUUUUAUGAAGAUCUGAAGACAACUUGUAGGUUUCGAUCAGGGUCUUUGCAUUUGGGACACAGUGUUAAUGUGGAGGUCUACAGACAAUUCCUUGGAUUUUGAGAGCUGCAGUGUGAAUUGUGGAACCUUAUGUACAUGUCGGCCAUUCUGACCACCAGAUCUCAAUCAUCCACAGCAAAGUGUCUGAAUACAUUUGUAAAUGGAGAGAUUGUCAAAUAAUUCCCAAAAUAACUUCUUACUCUGGGUAGACUGGUGGUCAAAAACUGAAACCUUUGCCCAUGUAGUCAAACCUAAGGGAUUAGAAUAGCACCCAGGAGAAGAAUCACUUCAAUGCAAUCAAGCUGCACACUCAUAUCAGUCUCCUAUAUAAGCCUGUUUUUUCAUCUACAUCAAUGCAUUAUUCCUUGAAAAAUUUGUGAAAAUGUAAAAAAAGAAUCCUUUCCCUGACCCAUGUUUGGUAGUUUGUGUAAUGCUGCUAAAUAACAGACAAACUCCUUGGCAGAGGUAAUACAAUGUAAUAGGUCUGCAUAAUGUGAAUAUACUGAAUAAAUACAGUUCCCCUCAAGAGAAA